CUCUGGGGAAGCAUUCUGGACAUAACUGAUGCUUCCAGGUGGGAUGCUUGGAUGUGUGGUGGUGGUAGGCAGCUGUAUGGGCAGGUUUCUUCCUUAGGCCACCUUCACAUUGGAUGUGGGAAAAGCCAAUGCUGGCUGAUGGCACAUGAGACUCUGCAGGCUUUGGCUAUUUAUUACUGCUUUAUUAUCAGUGACUAGGGGCACGUGGUGGGAAGCAGCACUUGGGACUCAGUCCAGUCCCUCACUGUUCCUGCAUGCUGGCCCUGGUCUGCUGCCUUCUCUCUGUGCUGGGUUGAUGCAGGCUCCUUCUUGCACUGCCUGGUGUCUGGGUGAGGCACUGGAGACUCUGGUGCUGGCAGUGCCCUAAGGUUGGGCUGGGAAGGCUGGCCUGUUCCUGCUCCUGUUAUUUCUGGCUGGUGUUCCUGGCUGCCCUGGAAUGCACAUUUACACAUAGCCCACACCCCUCCCAGGGCACUGCCCUGGGCUGUGUGCAGGGGUCGCUACACAGGAAAGCUGUGCUGGCUGUCUCCCACCCCUGCUUGGCACUUGGUUGCUGGGGCAGCUCCAGUGCUGGCACAAUCUGCAGCAGAGAGCCCUAACAAGCUGUGUGUUCCAUCUAUAUGCAUGGUGAAGAUAGUACCUGCACCAAGAAGUUAAGGGAGUUGACUCAAAAAAGUGCCCUGCUAUUUGUAAACAGAGAGGAACUCGUGGGUGAAGCUGGACUCAAUGGUCCUUAUGGGUCCCUUCCAAUCUAAAAUACUCUAAUGUUUCAUUUGUGGAAAGUGAUGGGGGCAUCCAAGGACUGAUGUGGAUCUGUUUCUGCAGGGCUUCUGGCUCCCUUUAUGGGCUGGAGCCAUCUCCUACCCUCCUUUGAUGCUGGCUAUGUGUGCUUUGCCACUGUUUGCCUUCCUGCUGCUCCUGUUGAGACAUGCACUUGGCUUGUUCCGUGCCUCUGCCUGCUCCCAGCCCUUGGCCUGUGCUGCUGGAUCAGGGCCCUGGAUGAUGGGAAUGGGGAGCAGUAAGACUGGGAGGGUGACGCUGCUUGGAGUCCUGCUGCGCCCGUGGUGCUGCCUAUCCUGUCUGAGACCAUUCUCGGCGAUGGUGCUGCCCAGGGCUUUUCACCAGCUGAGCUUCACUGAGGAGAAGACAAGAUGUUGAGGGAAAAAAUGACCGUUUUUGGCAAGAAGCUGAUCCGCCGGCGCAUGGUGGACCUGAGCUCCGAUGACACCCAUUUUGCUCGCUGCCUCUCCACGCUGGACCUCGUAUCCCUGGGGGUGGGCAGCACACUAGGGGCUGGUGUGUAUGUGCUGGCCGGCGAGGUGGCCAAGGAGAUGGCUGGUCCCUCCAUUGUCCUCUCCUUCCUGGUGGCUGCUCUCUCAUCGGUACUGGCUGGACUCUGCUAUGCAGAGUUUGGGGCCCGUGUCCCCAAGGCCGGCUCUGCAUACCUCUACAGCUACGUUACUGUUGGCGAGAUCUGGGCUUUUAUAGCCGGGUGGAACCUCAUUCUCUCCUAUGUGAUAGGUACGGCCAGUGUGGCUCGAGCCUGGAGUGCAACAUUUGACAACAUCAUCGGCAACCACAUCUCCACCUUCUUUGUCACCAACAUCCCAAUGCAUGUGCCAGGAGUGCUGGCUGAGCAUCCAGACUUCUUUGCUUUGAUCCUGAUUUUGCUGCUUACUGUACUGCUGUCUUUUGGUGUCAGCGAAUCUGCCCUCGUGAACAAAAUCUUCACAGCAGUGAACCUGUUGGUGCUGGGCUUUGUUGUCAUUGCUGGCUUCAUCAAGGGAGACAUCAAGAACUGGCAGCUUUCAGAGGAGAGCCAUGGCAAUUUGUCACUGCCAGACACACCGGAUGACGAGAAAAAAGCUUUUGGCUCUGGUGGGUUUUUCCCCUUUGGACUGGAAGGGAUGCUGACCGGCGCUGCCACCUGUUUCUAUGCCUUCGUGGGCUUUGACUGCAUUGCCACCACAGGGGAGGAAGCCAGGAACCCGCAGCGCUCGAUUCCCAUUGGCAUCAUUGUGUCCCUCCUCAUCUGCUUUGUGGCUUAUUUCGGGGUCUCUGCGUCCCUGACCCUCAUGGUGCCCUACUUCCUCCUGAACAAGAGCAGCCCUCUGCCUGAGGCUUUCAAGGCGGUGGGUUGGGAGCCCGCCCGCUACGCCGUUGCCGUUGGCUCGCUCUGUGCCCUCUCCACCAGCUUGCUGGGCUCCAUGUUUCCCAUGCCCCGAGUGAUCCAUGCCAUGGCAGAGGAUGGGCUGCUCUUCAAGUUCCUCUCCCGGAUCCACAGUGGCAGAAAGACCCCUCUGAUCGCCACCUUUGUCUCGGGGUUCUUUGCAGCGGUGUUUGCCCUCUUUCUGGACCUGAAGGACCUGGUGGACCUCAUGUCGAUCGGCACGCUGCUGGCCUACUCCCUGGUGGCGGUGUGCGUGCUCAUCCUCCGGUACCAGCCCAGACAGCCGAACUCCCCGAAGGCCGUGGAAAUGCUGGAGCUGAAUGGGAAUGAGGAGGAGAGAGUGAUCAUGAACCCAGCCAUCACUGCUGCCAGUGCCCAGCACAAAGAGACCGUGUCCCUGGCGACACUCUUCAACCCUCCUGGGGACACCCCCACUGUGCUCUCGGGGCGCAUUGUCUAUGUCUGUGUCGCGGUCAUCGCUGCACUGAUCACAGUCAUCUGCGUGGUCCUGACCCUCAAUAUGGAUGCGCUGAAGGAUGCCAGUGUGGGCUCUGUUGUGCUUCUGGUGCUGCUCCUCGUGGCUCUGCUCAUUUUCACCAUCAUCAUUUGGAGGCAGCCGCAGAGCAAUGCGCGAUUAAACUUCAAAGUACCUUUCCUGCCACUGGUGCCAAUCCUCAGCACCUUCAUUAACAUCCUGCUGAUGGUCCAGCUGGAUAAGGGCACCUGGGCGCGGUUUGCCGUCUGCAUGGUCGUGGGUUUCGUUAUUUACUUCGCCUAUGGGAUUUGGAACAGCGUGGAAGGGAAAAAUGCGGAAACAGCCCGUGCCACAGCAGAAAAACCUCUGCACCAUCCUGGACAGGACCUCAGCCCUGGGGCUGCUGCGGUCUGAGGGCCUGGAGACCAGUGCUUCAUGGACCUCUUUGCCACUUUGGGACAAGAUCAUGAUCCAGACAGUACAUCCAUCCCCUCUCCUGCAGAGACUGAGUCCCAGAGUGAAGUACUAAGGUCUGAACGAAAGGUCCUGAGUCAAAGCUGACCUAGGAUGAAUGUCCCAACUGAAUGUUUGAUGUUUCCACUCAUUAACAAAGUAUCAUUAUAUGUACUUACUUAUUAGCAAAACAUGUUCACCUUUCUGUAUCUAGAAACAGCAUAAGGCUACAUCUGGCCUAAUUAGGGGGUACAGAAUCAGAGAUCCUCCCCUAGAUCCUCCUUGAGCCGUGACCAGGCUUGGGGAGAAAGCUGACAGGAAAAUGAAAUUAGAAAUGAGGCCAGCUGGUUUGUUUGGCAGUGUAAAACCCGGGCCAGUGUCACAGCAAAGCGGGGGAGCCCCGUGGCCCCAGAGGAGGAGGCCCUGCAGGAGCUCCCAGCUCCUGGCGUGGCUCUCCAGCCCUUGGCUGUGACAGCUGCCCCCAGAGCUGGUGGCUCUUGGGCCUGGGUGAUGUGUGAGGGAUCUUCCAUAAUCACUGUAGGCAUUCUUUCCUAGCAAUGAUUAGCAUUGCUCAGCUUGUCCCCUUGCAACUCUUUGCUCAUGGUUAGGUGCCUUGAUUAGCUUCUCCUUUUGUGAUUCUUUGCAGUUUUCCAUCAUAGUAAAUGCCACUGUUCCUUAAGUUGGUGUCUGUGUCUCUGACCCUACUCACCAGCUAAACAAAAUCAGUGUAGUCAGCAGGGUCAGAACAAAGUGUUGCUUUUAAAAUCUAAAUUAAAGUAACCAGUCCUGUAUGAAAUUCCCAGAUGGGAAGAACUUCCAUAUAGUUCACUAAUCCUCAGGUGGGCUAAGGUUGGAGGACCAUGUGAGCAAUGGAGAAGUCAGUUAAAAGAAGCUGAACUGAUGGAUGUAUUGAAAUGCAUCCAAAAAUCACAUACUGAAAAAAGAAAAGAACUUGUGGAUUUGGAAAGGCAAGGAUGGAUUUUGUUAACAGCAUAUCAAACAAACAAAACACCAAACAAAAGGAACAGUUGUUGAAAUGCUCUAACAUGAACCAACAGAUGUGAGUUGCAGAAUCAAAUUGUAAUGCUAAAAUGCCAAAUUAAGCUGCUUGCUGAUAAGAUGGAUUUACCAGACUUGCUGAGAAGGCUGCAGUUAGAGUAGCUCAGUAUAAGGCAAGGAGGGAGCAAGUGAAGCACAAGAAAACGCAUGCAGUGAUUGCAGAGGCAGGUGUGCAGUGGGAUCCUGAUGAAUGGAAUGGAGAUAUUUGGGCUGCUGUGGAUUCUGAUGAGGUUGGUUCCCGAGAUGAAUUUGUAGAUGUGAGACCAGCAUGGAGACAAAUGGUAGAAUUAGAUGCUAAUGAUCAGGAGGGAUACUCAUAGAGGAUUAUACUCAGCAGGAAGUAAAUUAAAUGUUUGAGCAGUUUAGUAAAAAAAAAGGGAACCUCUUUUCUCUUGGAUGGUGUGCUUGCAUGACCAGGGAGCAUCAGGGAUAACCCUAGACUCAGAACACUCUAAGAACUUUUUAGAUUGAGUUUGGAUUUUUUGUGCAGGAUGCAUUUUGGAAUAACGUUCACAAUACUAAUUUGUUAGCUUUGGCUGCUUUGGAUGGAAUACUAAAUACCCUACAGCAAAUUAUUGGCCAGGAUGUGAAAAAGUCAGUGGUAGACUUUGUGAGAUUGUGUACAAUGAGAUGCAAGAGAACCUCUUGUGAUUUUGUAUUUGUAGAUAAUGUUACUGACUGAAGAUACAAGUAGUCACUCCAGUAUUUGUACCUGUAACUUUAUUGCAAUGAUAGGCUUUUAGUUAUUUAUUUUUUUAUAUUUUUUAAAUGAAAAUAUUUAGUUUUUUACUUCCUGUUAUAUCCUGUCAAUUUUUUGGAACCUAACUACAGUCUGAUUCAAGACUUGCAGCCUACUCCCAUUGGUAUGAAGUGGUAAAGGUUCUGUUCCAACACACAGACCUGAGGCUUGCUGAAAUAAACCCAGGACAAUGGAUAAAAGGCUUUGAUGGCUGUCCAUCAUGGUAUGGCAGAAAUCCAUCAUGUGAUGGAGACAUGGAUAGUGGGACGUUAUUUUCAGAUGGAUGCCUACAGCUACCUGAAUUUUCAACUGAGUGCUUCACCCUGGUGUUGUUUUAUUGAUGCUAAUCCCUUUGCUUUUUGUUGUGAUAAUUGCAUUGCAUGUUAAGGUUUGGAUGAUCAUGAAACAAUUAUCUUACCAACUACCUCCACUGAUACUAGACAAUCCAUGUGGUACCAAAGCAUGAAAUGCUCUCGAGCUCUAUUUGGAUAUUGUGAAGCUUGAGUGAUUAUAGUCACAGGGUGUGUUGUGUAGGACAAUGACUGGGAACUCUGUGGACAGGUAACUGGGGGUACAAUUAAAGGAAACUGAGGACUUAGAACAGUUUGGAAAUUAUGGGGUAUAUAUAUUCCUUAAUUUGGUGUCUGUGUCUCUGACCCUACCUACUGGCAAAACAGAGUCAGGACUGCAGAGCUUGGUCAUGAGCUGCCUCUUCCCUCGCAGGGAAGUCACCUGGCUGGGUGGGAGUUCUGGUGGCCCAGGGCUGGUCUCUGCCCUCCUCCAGUCCCACAGAGGGGCAGUGGCACCAGCACAGCCCCCUGGCCAUGAAAAUUGCUUUCUCUGUGCACAGGAGGCCCCACAUGAUGCAGCUGUACUCAUUCUGUGUGCCACGUGCCUGUGUCACCAGCUCCUCCCUGCCUUCCAGGUGCCAGACCUGUACCUGGCAACCCUGGCUGGAGCUCUGCAGGAAAGCUUACUGCAACUUGUUCUGGUACUCACAGUACUCUGGUACUCACUGCUAGCAAACUGCCCUCACCAUGCUGUUUGAUGUCAAUAUCUUGCUCAAGUGUCAGUGAGAUGUCCUCAGUGUAGUUGUUCUUGUGUCCAACCUCAUCUGCCUUUUAGAAUUUUAGGGUGAAUUUUUAAAUCUAUUAAAUUAAAUGUUUGUAA